AGCACAUCGGAAAACAUAGCGAACCGUGCGACAGAAAGAGUCAGCCAGAAAAAAUAGUGGCCGAAGAAAAAGCUGUUGAGCAAAACGAAGAGAAGUACGGAAAAAGUGAUACGAACUCAAGCGAAUGCGCUGCUUCUCUUCGGUCCCAUACUAUACAUACUAUGUACUCCGAAUAUUAACUGCGAAAGGUGAUGAUGAUCACCCAUCAUGAAGCGUGUUUGUGCAUCGAAAGUAUACGGAAAUCGUGCGAAUAAACUCUCGAAUCGUUGGUAAUCCGUGGUGAAAAGUGUACCCUAGUGCUUCCCGCAAGUGAAUAGUGCAGUGAGAGUCGCCAAGUCGUGCCGGAAGCCAGUGAAAACGAUGGCCAUGUCCAGCUGGAUGAUUCGCCAUCGCAGCCAGCGACAGAAAACUCGUGCCCCGGACAAGGACUGCUACCGUCUGGACCCAGCCAAAGGCACCCGGGAGAACGCCCACGAUAUCUACGCUUCGCUCAGCGUUCGCGCAACGAACGAUACCAAACGACUCAGCCUGUUGAACGGGCUGGUGAAGCUGAUCGAACGCUGGAAGAAGGAACAUGAGAUUGGCAGCUGCACGCUGCUGAUCGGUAGUCCCCAGCGGAGACUGCUGCUGCAGCGAGAUGUUGCACUGAGCUUCACCGUUGAAGAGUGGCUGUACGUUGUUAGUGCUUCGCUUGUGCAUCAAUCGACCCAGAUCCGAGCCGGGGCGCUAAGAGCGGUACGGCAUCUGCUGAUGGUUCCUGGGGACGUGAGGAUGCUCAACGAACUGCAGCUGGGACAUUUGAUUUGCCGGAGUUUCGAUGUGUUGCUGAAGAACGAAGAAGAGCGAGUGCAGGCGCUGAAACUUAUCCGUAAGCAGCUGGUGAUAGCUCCCGAGCUGGUUUGCCCGGCGGUGGUGCGAUGUUUGGUAUCGCUGGGCGAAGGUGGCACAGAGGAUCGAGCGGUGCGGGUUGACCGCAGCGAUCGGAUGCUGCGUGCUUGCUUGGCAACGCUGUGCGAAUUUGGUGUCCUCAACCCGAAGCUACUGAUUGUGUGUGGAGGCGUCAGUGCGAUUACCAGGAACGUGCUGGAAUGUCACAGUCCGCGGAUAGCGGAAAGCCUGUGCGGAGUUUUACUCCACUUUCUAGAAUGGCCAAAAACUCGACAAAUCGCGGGAGUUAGGUUGGACUGUUUAGCCGCUCCGUACUGUGAUUUCACCUAUCGGCUGGGAAUCAUGGACAAGAACAAGGACGCAAGAGAUCUCCGAUUUACCUGUAGUCGUCUGGCGCUGCUCUCUGUCCUUCGCAGCUGGGCUGGAACAAUCGAAUUCUGCAAUCCAACGAAUCCCUCCGGUCUGAAGGCCAUCAUCGAUGUGCUCUAUCUCAAUCAACUCGAAGUUCGCAAAGCUGUUCUAGAUUUCCUCUACGAACUGCUCGGUCUUCCGCAGCCCGUUUGGACCGAUGAAUAUUCGGUUGCCCUUUCCGUUGUCGAUCCGGCCGAAUAUCAGGAUUCGUGGCGCCUGAACGAGGGAUUCGUCGCAGCGGAAGGUACAGCUGUGCUGCCAUCUCUUGCCAGUCGGGUGCCAAACAUCGCCGACAUACACCUCGCACUGCUACUUUACUGUUUCAUCGAGAAUGGACUCCUCAACGCGCUGGUCGAAGUUAUCGUUUCCAGUGACACCUUCAUUUCGAUUCGCGCGACUAUUCUUCUGGGGAAAAUUCUCCAUCAAGUACAUCAGCUGCUUCCGGCGGAAAUCUGCAGCUCUUCUCCUUGCGCAACUCUGCCCACGCUGAUCGCGAAGGCGACCGAAGGAAAUCAUCAGGCAAAGGCAGCGAUUGCCUCGCUCCAUCAGUUCCAUCAAAUGCUUCAGAAUCGACCAGCAGCCUGUUCGCUCUUCCUCGAUUGCAUCAUUCAGAACGGUGAACUGAUAAACACCAGAAUGUUCAAGCGGGAACUCAGUUCGCAGGAAGCAGUUCCACUGCCGGCCACCAAGUAUGCCACCGUCGACAGCAGCAACUCCGGCGUUAAACGAACCCGUCACGAUUCCGUUGGUUCGACCGGGAGUUCGAGCGGUGGUGGUGGCAUCAGCGGUCGUCUGGGCUAUCUCUUCACCGGUAGUCUACCCCUGCCGAACGGAUCAUCGCUGGACGACAGCGCCAUCAGUAGUAUGGGCGGGGGCGGCGGUGUGGGAAAAUCGGCCACAAGUGGGAGCAGCAAACGAUCCAGUUUGAAGCGGACUCGCUUCCUGCACUUUUUCGACCAUCUCAAAGAAAACGAACGACUGAUUAAGGACUCGAAUGUGCUGCUCAAUAAGGACGCGAGCAUGUGGGACUGGGACAUUGUGAUAACGAUCUUCCGCUCGGACAGUCUGGGCAGCAAGCUGGACGAUCAGAACACGCGGUUCAUCAAGCGGAUCAUCGAGUAUUUUAAGCCGAGCAACAAUCGGUUUUCGCACCAGGAACUCAGCGGAAACACCAGCAAUAGCAAGCUGCCGGCAUACGUGACGGCGGCGUUGGAACUGAUUGAUUGGAUGCAGCAGAGCCAGGAGCUCGAAUGCAUACGUCUCCUGACCGACCUGUUCACCGACAUCAGCCGGCAGCUGAUGGCAAUUCACGCGAAGAAAUCUGCCCACGAGUGUCUGUUCAGCCCGGAGCACAUGACCAGCACGAUGAGCCAGCAGUACUUCCUGCUUAUCGGGCGCAUGUGUCGAACGGAGAAGGGUCUUAGUGUGCUCACCAACACCGAUGUCUUCAAAGAAUUAACGACCAUCGUGACGAAGACCAACCACAUGUGUUACGUGAAGCUGAUCGUUUCCGGACUGGACUACACCCUGGAUGGUGAACCACGACGAAUCCUAGCACGGGCACUGCUCAAGCAUCCCUCGGCAAAGUUUCGACUGUACGCAACACAGUUUCUGCGGGUUUUGCUGCGCGCCCGACUGCCCAACUUCGAGGUGUGGGGCGUUCCGCUGCUGCUGAAGCUUGUCGACGAGAGCCAGGCUCGGUGCGUGCAGCUCGCAGCGCUUGAAAUCCUCGAGGAGGCCUGUUACGAGCGGGUGUACCUGGAGGAACUAGUCAACGUGUGGCCCAACUUUGGCCGGACAGGGGAUCACGGGAAGCUAGUCAUGAUGAAGUUCUACUCGAUCCCACGCGGGUUGAACCAUCCGGAGGCGAGGAUCAAGAAGGAGAUCGAACUGUGGGUUAGCAGCUACAACAAAAGAUACGUUCUGCUGAUCGAGGCGGAUAUCCACGCUCACCUCACGCAACACACCAAAACGGAGGACGGGACGUACAGUCGACGCCACUGUGCCCAACGAACAGGCGUAUCGCCUCCAAACAUGCUGCCGCAUUUGUACGGUCAGCUAGUGCAGACCAACCAGGGGAUGUCCAACCUGCAAGUCCACGGCGAUAUUCACAGUCUGGUCGAGACACUGGUGCGAGCGAAAUGUGAAAACGAUCGGGAAGUGUUGGAGCUGAAGGCCGCAAUGUGGGCACUGGGACACUUCAGCACCAGCAAAGAUGGGGUAGCCUAUCUGGGCGAAUCGCCCUUCAAGAUCUACGAGCGGUUCGUGCAUUUGACGAAGCAUGCCGAGGUGUUUUCGGUCCGUUCGACGGCGCUCAAUUGUCUGUGCCUUGUAGCUACCACCCAGCUGGGAGCGGAUAUUAUGGCGAAGCUCGAUUGGGUUUCAGUGCGGCACGAUAGGAACACUAGCUGGCCGGUGUACGAGCCGGAAGAGUGGUGUCCAAAGCCAUUCAACACCCCAGUGCGACAAAACUACGAACUAGCGCCGUAUAACUACCCGGCACUGCCGGGAGUCAACGGAAACAUCUUGGAGGAUGAGGCCGACGAGCAGCGAUUGAUUAUAUCCCGCAUGGAAAGCACUUCUGUCGGUGAGGACCAAAGUGAUUGCGCCCCUGGCGGCGGCACCGCCCUCUCCUCUAACAUAACAUCUCGCUCGAGAACACUCCCGGAGUCAGUUCUCGCUGCCAGUCGUACUCCCGCCUUCCAAAAACACAAACGAUCGUUGUCCGAAUCGAAAACAACGGACGGAAUCAACCUGGUGAGUGCACUGUCGCAUCAAAGCAAUACCUUCCUGCAGCAUCCCCCGCGGACGCGCUACAAUUCCGGCACCUCGGAUUCCAACACAUCCGGCGUGAGCAGUUACGAGUCCAUUUUCGGUGGUCGCUUCCAGUCGGACAUGAUGCAGCAGAGCCAACUGUCUCCCAUCCCGAGCAGCUCGAAUCUGAUCGAGCUGAAGAAGACCUCGUCCGCGGAGGAAAAAUAUCGUCGCAUAUCGCUGACCGGGUUGCCGUUGCGCGAGUCGAACCAGAUGUCGGCCCAGGACCUCCACGGGUACCACACGUUGCGAAUAUUGCGGCGUCGCUGUCGCCCAAUGCUGUCGGAAUCCGCCGCGGACGAGCUGGCUGAGAUGAUGGACGAUGCGAUGGCUAGCGUGACGUCCUCCUCGUCGACCUCGACCAUCUCGAAGUUUCGGCUGCGUGCGUCCCGAUCGAUUUCCGAGCAGAACCGGAAGCUGAAGGUGCGCAGCCUGGAUCGGAACUGUAGCUUCAAUGCGAUGAUGGGGUAUGACGAUUUCCGGAAGAGUCUACGACUGAAGCACCAAAGACUGCAGGUUCAAGCGAACGUCCGUGCACCUUGUUAUGCAGGAAUUUGCCUCCCGCGCAAUAUUUUGGAUCUGUUCCCGGUGGAACCAUCCAACGGCACGUACGUAUCCAGUUUCACACAGGACGAGCUGGAGGCGAGCGAAAAUAUAAGCAGCGUGAAUAACCACAAAACACCCAACAGCAACAACCACCUGCUGAAUGCCGAUCGCGGGUCGAUUGACCGAAUGAAGUUCCUCAGAGCGGCAUCUGUCGACAGCAACGGCGCAGCUUCUCAUCUCCACGAGGAGUGUCUCCAGUGCUGCCGGCGGAGACGCAAUCCCUCCGUCACAAGCAGUAGCAGCCGCAGUGAGUUCCUAAACUCGCCGGAAAGCUCAUUCAGCGACGAGGCCGAUCGGGUUCGAAUGAACAUCCUGCGGCACGUUCAACGGAUGGCAAACCCGGUGUGGAGCAAACAAAGCCAAACGCACCUACUCGAUCUCAAGCAGAAGCAUGCGAGCACCUUCCAGGAUAUCUGUUUGUACUCCCAAGUGUGUCAACUGCUGGGGAAAAGCACCUAUCGGCUGGGCUCUAGGAGGUUUCUCCAGGAGCUCUUUCUUGAUUUAGACUUUGAUACGUUCUACCGGGAUCUGGAAGAUAUCUGCAACUCUAAGGCGGAUCAUCCUCCACCCGAAGAAUCGCCAGUGAAUGGAAUCGUUCCCUGUGGUGGUGCAACGUCUCCGAUAAAGACGAAAACAAAUAAAUCGACCAUAGCGAACAACAAUAUUAGCAGUAGUGGUAACAUAAGCAUUAGGACUAACAGCAGUACGAAAGUGAACCAUGCAGCUAGCACUAAACAACCGAACUCAACCCCAGAAGUAGAGCAGAGUAAGCAGACGCGUAGCAAGACGCCACCUCCGACCACUACCCCCGCAACAGUCGAUGGUGGGAGCAUUAUCAAUCCCAUUGGUAAACCACUUCACCUGAGGUCACCUCCUUUAGCAAGUCUAUACGAAACCAGUGUGGAGAAUAUCGCCGAAAUGGGUUCAACACCGAAAGAGUCAGCCCUGCUGCGGGUGCAGGCUGCCCUUGGGCAGAUUGAGAAGCUUCAAAAGGCACUCAAUCGUCACUCUACCGGCUCGGAUGCCACGGAUGGUGUCACCAUGAUCCCCUCGCAGCAGCAGCAGCAGCACGACGACGACGAUGACGAUCCGUCCUCUUCGUCCUCGUGCAAGACGACGGCCAUCACUUUCGCCCAGGGCCAGAACCAAAACACCAAGUACCGGAACCGGCCGCGCUUCCACACGCUGGAGCUGGAUCUGAGCUGCACCCGGAACAAAUUUCCCAUCCGGCGGGAUCGAUGUGGUCCGCGAGGCACGGACUAUUCGCCCACAACUCCGACCGGUGGUUUUGGUGGUGAUGGGGUUACCGGGCCAAUUUUCGAAUCCACCACGGAGCGGGCAGUUAGUAGUGCGCUCACGAGUCCCACACAGCCGGAGCUUCCGACGCUGUAUUGUGAGCAGCGAGCGCAACAGCAGCAGCAGCUGAAGGGUUCCAAAUCGGAGGCAGCUUUGAUGGUUAGGAAAUAGGAACGAUGCAGGUAUAAUGGGCGGCGGCGGAAUGCGUGCGAAAGAGAUAUGUGUUUGAAUGCAAAUUCUCUAUUAUGUUAGUUGUAUUUUUUUCCUUCUUUAGAUAUUAACUAUUUGUAUUAUAUUCGACACCCACAUGGAAUGGUGUGGUGUGCAGCUGUUGCGCGGACAGGUUUUUCAGUCAUUAGGAUAUUUAUCUCGGACGACUAUCAUAUUCAUUUGGAGGACGCAUACAAAAGAUAUACCUAGACGGAAGAAUAGAGAGACUGUCAAGUGUGUUCCUACGGGGGCUCGAAAUCGGGAGUGAUGUUGAAUCUCAAAGCAUGAAAUUUUUCAAGCAAGUUGCCGCUGAGAGUUCGUAACAAAUUAUGUAUUGCACCGUUUUUUUUUUUCAAUAAAAAGUGCAAUUGGAGCCAUCCUUGUUAAAUAAUAUGAGGUCGCGUCUCAAAUUAUUCGAUGUAAAGCAGAUACAGUUCACGCGAAGGUGUUUUGGGUCAGGGGAGUGCAGCUAUACGUCUCAUCGUGGUAGAAAUGGGGCUUACGUCACUCCGUUUUUAUGAUUUUACAGGAUCAUUGUUACGCGCGUUAUGGCGGGUUUACAUUAGGGAGAUCUAUAGCUAUAGAUGGAUUUAUUCACGUGAAAAUAGGUGUAAACGGGUGAGAAUAAAUAUGAUACACUUAUUCGAGGUAUAUAUAACUUGAAUAAAUUCAGCAACGCUUGUGAAUUUCUCACUGGUGAGAAAUCACUAAAGUUGGAUGCAGUUCUACUUUAGGUGAAUAAAUUCACCGAAAAUAUGAAUACAUUCAUUAUAAAAGUUCACGCUAGUGUAAACGGUUGAUGCGAUUUCUAUAAAUCUCAUUAUAUUUCUUCACAUGAAUAUAUCACUAGUCUAAACCCACCCUUAGAAAGUCUCCCCGCGCGAAGGUUCGGGUUCGCGAGACUUUGUUAACCGACGAAACUGAAAGUACCGACGCGGUAUCAACUGUUCUAUGGCGGACCAAUAAACGCACUUAGAUGAGCUGAUACUCGGUCUUUCCAUCUUCCUUCUAGUUGCCUUGCUAUUAAGAAGGCCUAUGAUACUGGAAGGAAGAAAAGAGUUUCACUCUUCUUAGUGCACUGGUUAGUUACAGUAGAUUCCCUUGGCCUGGUCCGACUUCUAGCCUUACAAUUUUGAAGGACUAUGCACCUUGAAAUGGGACCAAAGACAAACCUCUGUAUAACCAGAGGAUUUUCGGAUCUUACCAAAACAGCUAGGCUAUGCGUGUAGCGCGGGUCUCAAUAUAAACAAGUGCAUUAUGCUUAUACUUUAAACGCCCUGGUUAAGUGAUAUAGCUUGCUUGCACUUUCCGUCAAGGUCAUAAAAUUAUAUUCUCAGAAAAAAGGGAAGGAGAGAAAAGACACAUGGUUUUCUUCAGAUAAUUUAUGUUUACAUCUGUUUAUGUUUUGGUCCUGCUAUGGGGGAAAAGGAUUUAUUGAAUUAAUUUUAUCACAGCGGUAACACUCAUUUUUUCCCAUUCUUGCAAACAUUAGUGUUCGAAUAUCAGCGGCAACGAGGCUUUCUAAUUGACCUUUCUCAUGGUUUUCCAAAAUGGCUGAUAAAGUCUGAGAGCUUGAAAAAUCCCUAUAAUUAGAAACAUCAUCAUCAUUACACCAAUAAAUCCGCACAGGCUGCAACAUUCACAGAAACUCUCUAAUUGCUGAUAUAGUAACAUGAAAUCGAAAAAAAAAUCCAAUUGACUUCAACGUGUGUUCCCCGCGUGCAACACACCGUAUCUAUCCAUUUGCCCGAUCAGUAUCCACUCUCCGUUUUUCUCUCUCUCGACCAUUCUCUGUUCUCUUAGGUCAUGGCACACUUCUUCGAGCAGUGAUGCCAGAGUAUCAGACACCACUAUGUCAAUUCUACCAAAAAACCAAAAAAUCAUCGGUUGAGUAAUCGACCUGUGGUUUAUCCUCCUCCAAGAUAAUUUCUAUAUCUGGAGAAAUCUGGACGAAUCCUAAAAAGUCUAGACUAGUCAAAGGAUAGUCUGGACGUCUGACCGAGCGAUAGCUAUCGGCGCAACUGUGAGACCCCCCGCAUACUACAGACUUCCUGUCAACCAAUAGUUUGGCCAACAGGUCAGCCUUCUGGUGCAAAAACCGACCCAACUGGAUCGGCGUAAUGUGCGCACAUGCAUACCUCUCCGUACUGAUUAAGAAGCCGACCAAACUAUCGGCCGACAAAUCAGUAUGCAGCCUGCGGGGGCUCCAAUAGUUUGAUUUACUUGUUACAUGCGUGUAGGCAUGUUUUGAGUUCUUUCUUCGUUUUAUCCAUCAAUUCCUUCUCAGUUUUCGCGACAAAAUUGUUGGAGUAGAUCUUACGCUUCAGGUUUGCCCAGAAAUUCUCGAUGGGACGCAGCUGGAGGACGUUGGGCGGACUCGCCGACUUGGGUACCACAUCGAUAUUCAACCGCUCCAUCUUCUCUAACGAUCGCUUCGAGUAGUGGGCCGAUGCCAGAUCCGGCCAGAAUCGCGUCAUCGCUCUUACGGUAUUUCUUAAUGAACGACGCAACUUCCGGCAGGGACUUCGGACUUGAAAUUCGCUGCUGUGGAUGACAAUCCACACACAGCAGCACCUUCUUGGGGAACUUGGCGUGUGAAAUAAACUUCACUUAGGAGUUCACUUCCUUCGUGGGGGAAGUAAAAUACGGAGUCCCUGCCAGUAGUUGCCAUCCAGGGUGAAAUAGGUCUCGUCGUUCAUCACCACCGCCACGUCGCGAUUCGCCGCGAGAAUCGACUUGACUUGGAACGGACUUCCGCUUCCUGACAUGUAUGUCCAUGUUCGUCAGGUACUUUUUCACUGUCUGGCCGGUUGCACCAAGCUACCGGCCAAGCGCGUGCAGCGGUAUAGCCACUUGUCUCUCGAUCCUCCUCUUCAGCAUCUUUUGGAGCUUGUUGUCGCUCAGGGCAGUCGACCGUCCGGAACCGGGCUUUCUUUCGAUGCUCUGAUUGUUGUCCAACAGAGCCAAGAUGUUGUAGAUACCGGAGCGGGCGUAUCCGGCGUCCACAAAGUGUCGCACGAUGUCCGUUUUCUACGCGGCGGGGUACCGUUCUUUGAACGCGCACACUUCUGAACGGAGUAGCUUCACUGUUUUCGUCAUCACGGUUCGAGUUCGACUGAUAGAGCUGUCAAAUUUUCUCAGCUGACUCAUGGGUUACUAUGAUUGAUGCUGCGAUGGUAGUCUCGUCAGUGAGUGUGAAUGAAAAUUCGGCAAUCUUUAUGCAUUUUUUUUAAUGCAAACGUUAAAUAAGAAAUUCUGUCACUGGUAUCAAUUUUAACGCGGGUUCGUUUUAAGGAUUCUGUAAUCGGAACGGAAGAUCAAAGAGGAUAAAAGUAUGUUUGGGAGAUUCAGUUGAAGUAGACUCAGCACACGAAGUAUGCGCAUUCAUCACAUGAUUUCGAGGGGCAGGACCACUUGACACCAAUUGACAGCCGUAAAAAACUCUCAAUCCUCAGUACCCAACAACACUAACUAACUUAGACAGACCCCUCCCCCCUCACACACACACACACACUCCCAGAAAAAUCAACCGAUGAUCAAAAAACGGAAGUAUACAAAGCGAAACGCGAAAUCAAUGCAGGUUCCUAAUAUACAUAUAUUGUACUGUAUAAUUAUUGUGUAAGUUUUGCAGAGAUUGUUUGUGUAUAAUUAUAUUUUUAACUUAUUUAUUCGGUUUUUGUCCACCAUAUAAGACAGCAGCAGCAGCUCUAAUCGGACGCCACUAUAUUUUUUGCCCCAACGCUUAGGAAUAGUGACCACGAAUAUAUGUAGAAGAUGGGAAAUCAUUCACUUUCCAUCUUUCCUCAAAGAAAUGAAUAAUUUAUCUCAGAAUAUAACAUGUAUACAUGUGUAUGUAAUGCUUUAAUAGUCCUCUUUGUUCUUGUUUGGAAGGAUAGGCUGAGAGAAGAUUGAAACAAAAGAAAAACAAAUACUAGAAAUCACUAUUCGAAUACACAGGGGUUUAGUGAGUAACAACAGUUGUGUACGGAAAUAAGAGUAUUAUCGCAUAAUUUUAAUCCUUAUCUACAACUUGGUUCGAGAGAGGGGAACAACGACUAGACACAAAGGUAGAUACGCAAUCAGAGAGUACUGUUUAACUUAACACUUUCUCGAAUGUUCUGAGUUAGAUAUAAGAACAGUUGACGUGCGAAGCUUAUUUAUACGAAUGUUGACGGAAAAUUUAUGUGUGCAUGAUGGUGAGUGGGUGGUUGACACGAUCCAAAAUACCUUCUCCUUACGUCGUCUACACGGUACUAGCUCAUAGCGUUCCGGUUCCGGAUGUCGAUAUCAAAUUUCGAGGCAAUUGAUUUGUGAGUGUCGUCGUCAGUGUUGUUUCCGAGGUUUUAGUUUUGCGAGUUUGAUGUAGACAAUGAAGGAAACAAUGAAAGAUUGCGGGAGUUCUGAUCCUAAGUAGAUCCCCUUCCGGGUGAAUAUUGUAGGUAAAAUAAUUUGUAUGUUCUAUUUUUUGAGGAAAAAUAAAUAUGGCGCGUUUUCAAAAUUGAA